CCUGCGCUCUUCGGAAAUGGCAUGACAAACAUGGCGUCGCACAGGGAAGACAGAACGGGAAAUCCCAGAUCAAAUGCUGGAGAUAUUUCUAAAAUCGACCUUCUGCUUCACCCUGAGCUCCUUUCUCAUGGGUUCAUUCAGCUCGUGUUACAUGAGAGGGGGAUAACGGUGGAUGAUGCCGUGGACCGUGACCGGCUCACAGAUCUGUACCUGCGGCAUGUCAUUCCUCUCCCGCAAAGAGAUCUGCCCAACACACGCUGGGGAAAGAGAAUGGAGAGGACCAGAGCGUGGCAGAGCUCCACUAGUGCACACAGUUCAAGCUCAGAUAGUGGCAGAAAGAGGCCAUUGAUUGUGUUUGACGGCAGCUCAACUAGCACUGGCAGUGUUAAGCUGAAGAAACCCGACACUUUGCUAGCACCUGUCGCCACAGAUCGCCUGAAGCCCCCAGUUUCCAGUGUCAGUCUCUCAAACCCCAUUCGCAAGCUGUCUGGAUCCUUUUCAAAUGGCUCUUCGAACUCGUCCUCAAAUUCCUACAAUAGAACCCCAGUAUCAGAACUACGAGCCAGCUGCAAGAGCCCUUCAGUCACCUGUAAUAAUUCUAACACUGCCGAUUCCCCGGUACAUUCUAAUAAUACGACAUCCAAGCUAAAGCGCACGGCCCCCAGUGAUGGAGAACCACACACUGCUAAGGACAUCAAGUCACCGGAUAUAAAGAAAAAGAUUCAGCAUGUCACAUGGCCAUAAGCUCUGAUCACUUCUGAUCUACUAAGAUGGACAGUUGAACUCUAAAGAUUGGUUCUCCCCAGUACUUCACACAACUCCAGCUGACACUAACCAGAUCUUCCCUCUCAACCUUACUAACCAUCCACAGGAAAAGUGAAAUUAGAAAUGUGACCCUUCGGUUAAUUUCACACCAGGGGACUCAUCAGCUUUAGACUUUUAAGUAGUGGUGAAGAAACUGAGAUAAUCCUGGCAGUUGUAUGUUAGACUAAUCAACUGACCAACAAGUGUCAACUGUGUACCCCGUGCUUCCCCUUUUUGGCAAUAUGUUCUUAUGUAGAAUUUGGCAAUUUGUAUCUUCCUUGCGGUGAAUAAACUUUCCGAGUGUGACUUUGUGUUGUCAAAUCAAACCAGCCAAGAGAAAGUGGAUUGCAAAUGGGAAUGCUCUUGACCGGUGUUGGACUGUGUCCUAACCUGGCGCAGUGUGACCAUUUUCCAGUGACAAGCAAUUUGUCUGUCCACACUUAUGGUGAAACUGCUAUGUGACGUGACCCAGACACAGCCAAUCAGAACUGAUGUUUAACGUAAAGUUAUGAGGAACAGGAUUUUUGGACCAAUGAGAUUUCACAGUUGAUGAAGCUACCAGCACAGUGCCGCAGAAAUAGAAACCUACAGCUGGUUAGGACAAAAAAUGUAUAGAAAAGAUGGCUUUCAUGAUCAUGUCACUUUAUCAUAUCGCACCUGGUUAGGAAAUGCUGUUAGAGAUGGUUGCUGUGUUUUUACUGGCAUAGGACAAUUCAGAGUAACUGAAUAAAGUUGCACUCUGAAGUUCUCUUUUCUCUAAAUGUUUGCAAGUUGAUGAAUGCCUUGGAUAGGAAUGGCAAUGUGUUUUGGCCAAUGAACUGACUGUUUUUGAAAGCACGUUUUGUAUUUAUGGUCCCCACAAGGCUGUUCUGAAGUUCUUAACUAUGAAAGGAAAAUUAAAGACCCCAGGAAUUUGCUUGACAAGCACCGUUUUCUUUCCUGUAUUGAUGUACAGAAGGGGUGGGACAU